AUGGCAGAAGAUUGGAACGAUUGCGCUAAAAAUGAUAGUGAAAUGCAUGAGGCAUUAAAUAAAGCGAGGAUAUCGAAUCGUAUCACCAAUGUGAUCAUGAUUCUUCAUACACUUAGUCCAGUCCUAUACGGCGUGAACAUUAUUCUGGCCAGCGUUGACAUCACCGAUUAUACGGUUGAACUACCCCACAUUUACAAAAUGGAAAUUCCUUUCAACAUAAACACGCAGUACACAUAUAAAAUAGUGUUAAUUGUGGAAUUAAUGCAUCUUGUCAUGUGUAGUUUGUCCUUGGGUAUAAUAAAUGUUUUACUACUGAUCUUGGCUAUUAUAAUGAAAAAAAUUAUUCAGAAACAUCAAAAAAUCAUUUACUUUGCAAAAAAUGUUGAGAAUCUGUAUACAUUUAUUGCGUGCAUGCAAUUCGUAUCAAACACGGUGAUGAUUUGCAUAGUAGGAUUUUUAAUCGUAACAGCACUCGGCAAACCCAAUGCGACAGAAAAGAUAGUACGAACGAUUCCGUAUUAUAGCAUAACGAAUCUUGAAGCGUUCAUAUUCUGUUAUGCUGGGGAAUAUCUGAUCAAUAAGAGCAAAGCAAUAGGAUUAGUUGCGUACAAUGUCGCCUGGUACGAAUUGGAGCCUAAAUACAAUCGUAGUUUGUUAUUCAUAAUGUUGAGAGCGCAAAAACAUUUGACGCUUACAGUUGGAAAAAUGAUGAAUCUCUCGUUACAAUGCUUCGCAAGCAUAAUAAACUCUGCAGGCUCGUAUUUAUCCAUAUUAUUGGCAAUGCAAUAAAUGCCACCUUCAUCUCAGCAGUUUUUA